AUGACGAACAUAACACAUCAUAAUCAAAAAGCAACUGAAAAAGUUGAAAAUAACUCACCAACACAAAACCAGCAAUAUAUGAGUUCAAACAUUACAAGAAAAAGAAGAGGAGCAAUAAGUAGCGAGCCAUUAGGGGAUCAACCAGCAACCCCACUUCCAUUAAUUCCAAAAACUGCUGAGACACAAAAACGUUUAGAACAAGCCCUUUCAAAGAAUAUUAUGUUUAACCAUUUAGAAGAAGAGGAAAGAAAUACCAUUUAUUCAGCAAUGGACGAGGCACUUUAUAAAGCUGGUGAUAUAAUUAUUAAACAAGGUGACGAAGGUGAUCUUUUUUAUGUAGUUGAUAAAGGAAUUUGCGAUAUUUAUGUUAGUACAAAUGGUUCCACCCCUACAUUGGUUAUGGAGGUUUUUGAAGGUGGUAGUUUUGGUGAACUCGCUUUAAUUUAUGGUAGUCCAAGAGCUGCAACUGUUAUUGCAAGAACUGAUGUCAGAUUAUGGGCAUUAAAUGGAUCAACAUAUAGACGUAUUUUAAUGGACCAAACAAUUAGAAAAAGAAGACUAUAUGAAGAGUUUUUAGAAAAGGUAUCAAUACUUCGUCAUAUUGACAAAUAUGAAAGAGUAUCAUUGGCAGAUGCAUUAGAACCAUGUUCUUUUCAUGAUGGUGAAGUAAUCGUUCGUCAGGGGGAGCCAGGUGAUAAAUUUUAUAUAAUCGUAGAUGGUAAAGUUAAAGUUACACAAGAAACGACCCCAGGCGAUCCAUCAACCACCCAGGUUGUUUCAGAAUUAAAGUCUUCGGAUUAUUUUGGUGAGAUUGCAUUGUUAACAAAUAGACCUAGAGCGGCAACUGUAACUUCGGUAGGUAAUACAAAAUGUGUCGAAAUGGAUAGACAACGUUUUAAUAGAAUUUUGGGUCCAUGCGAAAAUAUACUCCGUAGAAAUAUUGAAACUUAUAGCCAAUAUAUUAAUAAAAUCUCCGCUUCACCAACUCUUGCCUCUCAAAAAAUUUAG